AUGGAAAGGACCAAUUGGACAGAGAGUGAGUUCAUUCUGCAGGGACUUUCAGAGUACCCGAGAGCUGAAAAAUUCCUUUUCGUGACGUGCUUGGUGAUGUACCUGGUGAUUCUCCUGGGGAAUGGCACCUUGAUCAUUCUGACACUCCUGGAUGCUUGUCUCCACACACCCAUGUACUUCUUCCUUGGGAAUCUUUCCUUCCUAGACAUUUGGUACACAUCCUCCUUCAUCCCCUCAAUGCUGAUACACUUCCUAUCAGAGAAGAAAACCAUCGUCUUCACUAAAUGUGCGGUUCAAAUGUCUGUCUCUUACACUAUGGGAUCCACCGAGUGUGUGCUUCUAGCAGUAAUGGCAUAUGACCGUUAUGUGGCCAUCUGCAACCCUCUGAGAUACCCCAUCAUCAUGGGCAAGGCACUUUGUAUUCAGAUGGCGGCUCUCUCUUGGGGACUAGGCUUUCUCAACUCAUUGACAGAAACUGUUCUUGCAAUACGGUUGCCCUUCUGUGGAAAAAAUGUCAUUAAUCAUUUUGUUUGUGAAAUAUUGGCCUUUGUCAAGCUGGCUUGCACAGAUAUUUCCUUGAAUGAGAUUAUUAUAAUGUUGGGCAAUAUAAUAUUUUUGUUUUCUCCAUCACUGCUGAUUUGUAUCUCCUACAUCUUUAUCCUUUCUACUGUACUAAGAAUCAAUUCGGUUGAAGGAAGGAAAAAGGCCUUUUCCACCUGUUCAGCCCACAUGACGGUGGUGAUUGUGUUUUAUGGGACAAUCCUCUUCAUGUACAUGAAGCCGAAGUCCAAAGAUUCUGCUUUUGACAAGCUGAUUGCCCUGUUCUAUGGCAUAGUCACCCCCAUGCUCAAUCCUGUCAUCUAUAGCCUGAGGAAUACAGAGGUGCAUGGAGCCAUGAGGAAAUUAAUGAGUAGACACUGGUUCUGGAGGAAAUGA